GAAGUAGCCUCUCCAAAAUGGUGGUUCUGCUGGUGUGCUGAUUUCAAGGAACCAGACAAUUUCAAAAAGUUGUUAUUUGAUACGACAGAAUGCAAAAGAACAAGUGCUACUCAGUUCAGGAUGCACUCAAAAUCAUCAUGGGAGAUGACAGUGAGUUUGAGGGAUGUGACGAUAGCUCAGAUGAAGACCCUGAUGACCCUCUUUACAAUCCUACCAAGCAAGACAUGGAGAGUGACGAGUCAAGUCAGUGUUAUGAUUCAGACAAUAGUGAAUUAAGUACAUCUGAUGAUGUACAACAACCAAAUGUAGAUUUACAUCCGCAAAAUAGGUCCAACCUAGGCAAAAAACAAGAAACAGAAGGAACUGUCCAAGGAAGAAAACACCUUUCUUGGAGGAGCAAACCUUUUGAAACCCCUGAGUGCACCUUCAAAGGACCACACAUCACACCUCCAGACACUCUUCUUAGUCCUCUUGAGUACUUUAGAAAGUUCAUAACAACAGAAAUGCUUGAAUUACUCAAAGAACAAACAAAUUUGUACAGUGUACAAAAGUCUGAAAAGCACAACAAUGUUAACACCACUGUAAAAGAACUGGAAAUCAUGAUUGGUCUUUACCUGCGAAUGGGUCUUUGUCAACUGACAGGAAAUCGUGCAUACUGGGAAAAUGACACAAGAUGUCCCAUGAUUGCUGACGUCAUGUCACGUAAUCGUUUUCAGAACCUGCUGGUAAAUUUACAUUUCACUGACAACACCGACGUAUCAAGCAGACAAGCAAAAGAUAAGUGUUGGAAGAUCCGGCCAUGGUUGGAUAUGUUUCGCAAACAAUGUCUGGAUAUCACUCCGGAAGAGCACAACUCGAUUGAUGAGCAAAUGGUGUCGUUCAGAGGGACACACAGUCCAAUAAGACAGUAUGUGAAGGGCAAGCCCCAUCCUUGGGGGUUUAAAAUUUGGAGUCGCUGUUCUUCCUCAGGAAUCCUUUAUGAUUUUACAGUCUACGAAGGUGGCUCUGGGAAAAAAUCCUCACUUGGCAUGGGAGGUGAUGUUGUGGUCAAGCUUUGUGAAACUCUUCCGUCAGACCGAAAUUACAAAGUUUUUGCCGACAAUCUUUUUUCUUCAGCACCGCUGGUGCUCAACCUUCUUCAACGAAAGAUCUACUUUGUGGGAACUCUGCGUGGCAAUCGCUUGGCUGGGUGUCAGCUUGAAGAUGAGAAAAGUCUUGCCAAGACAGGAAGAGGAUCUGUUGACGCCAGGGUGGAAAAAGAAGAAAGGCUGGCCAUUGUCAAGUGGUAUGACAACAAAUCUGUUACCUUGAUCUCAUCCUACUGUGCAGUUGAGCCUCAAGAUACCGUCCGACGCUGGAGCAAAGCAGACAAGAAAUUUUUAGAGGUCAGAAGGCCACACAUUGUGAGGGAGUACAACACAUUCGUGGGAGGAGUAGAUCUCCUUGAUGGAUGCAUUGCAAGGUGCAAGUACCACAUGAGAUCACGGAGGUGGUACCUCUACUUGUUCUGGCACACCAUCAUGUUAGGUCUGGUUAAUGCAUGGUUGAUUUACCGCCGUGACUGUAAACUACUUGGUGUCAAAAAUACACUGCGACAAAAGAGCUUCCAGGCGGAGGUUGCCACUAGCCUUAUUCUUACACAGGCACGAAGAGGCCGACCAUCACUUAGCGAAGCAUCUCCAUCACCACCACCACCCCCCAAGAGGGUUCGUGUUGGAGUUCCAGAUGAUGUUCGCUCUGAUCAAGUUGCACACUGGCCUCUGAAAUGUGAAAAACGUGGACGCUGCAAACUCUGCAAAGUCCACGCAACUACCACCCUCUGUGAGAAAUGUGAUGUGCGUCUUUGCUUCACUGAAGAACGAAACUGUUUCAAGACUUACCAUUUGGCGUAGGCUAAAAGGCUUGUCCGAUACUUAACAGAUGAACGAACUUUGAAAAUGUUUCAGACAUGGUUCUGGUGAUGUGGGUUCUAUUUUUCUUCAGCAUUUUUUUUAAAUUUGCACAACUAAUGUUUACAGGUUUGUUGUUCAGUUCUCUGUACUCAUGGUAGCUUGUUAAAUGCCCCAAAUAAGCAGUAUUAUUUAUUUUUGAUACAAUUCCAAUAUUUAUUUUGUUACACUAA